AUGAAACCGGGUCUUUAUUCGGUCUAUGAGAUUGAUGUUGAAGAAAACGGGUUUCCAUUGUUUGACUUUGAUGAUGGUUGUAGAUGGGUCAAGAGGGACAUCUCCCUUGAGGAAUGUAUUUUGAUUAUCAACCUUCGCGGUGGAAAACUUCUUGAGAACGAUAUGGACGAGGACACAAAGAAACUGAUUGAACUCAUUGAGGAAACCAUUUCUGCGAUUGACACGGAAAUGGAACUUGGGGAUUAUCAUUUUGAUGAUACAUUUGCAAGUGACGAAGCGCGUAUAAACUACGAGAAUUCGGUUGACGAUGUUGUGAGGUUGAGAGUAUCUCUCCGUGAGCACAUCGCCAAUAUGAGGAGCAAGAACCGAUAA